AUGGCGACAGCAGAAAUGAGCCUGCCUGAUAAAAAACCUGAGCACGAGUCAGGAUAUUACGAAGGUAGUGAUCAAGAAGGUAGUAUGGAGUGUGGUUGUCCUUCGCCGAUAAGCUCGAGGAAUUCUUCAAAUUCAGCCAAAUUAAAACGAAGGCAUAGUGCUCAUAAGCACAAAAAGGCACCAUGUAAAAAGUUAAAGGUCGAACAAGUGAACGGUCACAGUAAUCUAAAAGACAAGAGUGUUGAUAUUGUUGAUGUAAAAGUAAAUGAAAAAGUCGAGGAGGUGGCACCAGAACCAGGUCCAAGUAAACGGAGUAGUUCUGUUGAACUAAUAGGUGGAAAUGUACCUCAGCCAGUGAGGGAUUCCAUAGACUGGAAUUUGGUGGAGGCUAGCAAAAUUAGGAAAAAGAUUAAAGUGAAUCUUAACGGUGCUUCAAAGGUGGACAUAUCACACUUCGACCUGCUCAAAGUACUCGGCACUGGCGCCUACGGCAAAGUGUUCUUAGUUAAGAAGAGAUGUGGAGUCGACGAAGGCAAGUUGUACGCGAUGAAGUUGCUCAAGAAGGCAUCCAUUGUACAAAAACUAAAGACUGCAGAGCACACGAGGACCGAACGACAGGUCUUGGAGGCUGUGAGGGCGUGCCCCUUCCUCGUCACGUUGCAUUACGCGUUCCAGACUGAUACCAAACUACAUCUUAUAUUAGAUUAUGUCGCGGGUGGUGAACUCUUCACCCACCUAUACCAGAGGGAACAUUUUAACGAAGACGAAGUUAGGAUAUAUAUAGCCGAAAUCAUAUUAGCCUUAGAACAAUUACAUAAGCUCGGAAUUAUUUACCGCGACAUCAAACUUGAAAAUAUACUACUCGAUGCGGAAGGCCACAUAGUUCUCACGGAUUUCGGCCUUUCGAAAGAGUUUUGUGGUGGUGAAAACCGCGCGUACAGCUUCUGCGGAACCAUUGAAUAUAUGGCGCCGGAGGUGGUCCGGUGCGGAAGUCAAGGGCAUGAUAUUGCUGUUGACUGGUGGUCCGUUGGCGUACUAACCUACGAGUUGUUAACCGGCGCUUCGCCGUUCACCGUGGAAGGAGAGAAGAACACCCAACAGGACAUCACGAAGCGGAUAGUGCGAUGCACUUACCCGGCGCCGAACGACGUCAGUCCAGAAGUAGAAGACUUCAUUAAGAAGUUGUUAGUAAAAGAUCCUCGUCGGCGACUGGGCGGUGGUGAGGGGGACGCCGAAGAACUGAAAAGACAUCCAUUUUUCAAGAACUUAGACUGGGAGGCGGUCGCGCGUCGUGAAGUUCCGGCCCCGUUCGUGCCGCAACUCUCGCACGCGGCCGAUACGAGCAACUUUGCUGGCGAGUUCACUAAGAUGCGCCCGACCUAUUCUCCUGCGCAAGCGCCUAAACAUCACGACAAACUGUUCCUAGGUUAUUCUUAUGUGGCGCCGAGUAUACUGUUCUCAGAGAAUGUUAUCUCGGAUCAAAUUUGGAUGCAGGCAACUGGCACCAAGCACGACAAACUUAAGGGAUGGGUUGCUAAGGAUUCGCCGUUCUUCCAAAAAUACGCAGUGGAUUUGAGCACGCCUCUCCUCGGAGAUGGCUCGUACGCUGUUUGCAGGAAAUGCAUUCAUAGACAAACGGCUAAGGAAUAUGCUGUUAAGAUAAUCUCAACACAAAAGAAAGACAUUAAGCAAGAAAUUGAAUUACUAAAGGCAUGCCAGGGGUCUCCAUAUAUCAUCACGCUUCAUGAAGUCUUUCAAGAUUCUGCGUUCACAUACAUAGUAACAGAAUUGGCUUCCGGUGGUGAACUCGCGUCUCAUUUGGGCUCAAUCAGCGAGAAAAUCGCCAGGCGACUACUCGCCCAGCUGGCACUGGCUGUGAAACAUAUGCAUUCGAAACGUGUGGUCCAUCGAGAUAUAAAACCUGAGAAUAUACUAUUAACGAGUUCCCGAUUGAACGAGGCUAAAGUGAAAGUGGUCGACUUUGGUUUCGCGAAAAGAUUGCCCGACUGCGAGGAACGGCAGAGGAUGAUGACGCCGUGCUUCAGUUUGCCGUAUGCGGCGCCAGAGGUUGUGUCGUGCGCACGCGGCGCCGGGACUGGCUACGGGCCGGAAUGUGAUAUGUGGAGUUUGGGAGUCAUUUUUUACUGUAUGCUUUGUGGGAAAGCGCCGUUUGCUCCUAUCUCGAGAAAGGAACCUGUCACAUCACUUAUGGAUAGAAUUAGAACUGGCAACUUCUCGAUGGAAGGUGGCAUUUGGAGCACAAUAACGGAGUCUAGCGUUCGCGCUGUGCGUGGUCUUCUGUGCGUACGCGCCGAAGAUCGUAUGACUUGUUCGGAAUUAUUGCAACUAUUGGACGUUAGCGAACGUGACGAGGAAGCUGUCGGAUUCAAACUUGCUGAUAUGACCAAGGCGGAUCUUUAUAAACGCAGAAAUAAGAAUAAACAAAGAAAAUCCAGUUCCUCUGAACCGGGCGCCUCUGAUACUCAACAAUCAGACGACCCCAGAGAGAACUCACUUCUAGAAACCAUAAACAACCUCAAGAAUAGAAUGAAUAAGAACUCUAUAGAUAAUGAUGUAGAACUUAUUAAGGCUAAUACCCAAGAUACUCCAGUUAACGAGAUAACUGAGCCCAGCUAUGAAGAUACAGACGAAGUACCUUCAGUGAAACCCGUUGAAAAAACUUACGCUAAAUCACGAUCUAAGCUGGAUGAUUACAUCUACAUAGAAAGCAGUCAAGGCUUAGAAGGAACAGAAGUCGCUUUCCCGAAAACCACUCGUAGGAAAGUCUCGCAGUCGCCUGUACCCAGGAAACGCAGAAAAGUAGACACUCCACAAACAGUAAGAAUGGAAUUACGUAGCCGCGUUAAAACGCCAGAGAAACGCGGCAAAAGUCGGCCCAGGAAGGUACCCGAGGAAGUACCUAGAAAAGCUAAAGAAUCUAUUGAAAACGACAAAGUCAGAGUCACUAGAAAGAGGCGAUUCGAGGAAGUCACGAAACCGGUGCUCAGAGAGAAAGGGCAAAACGGACGCCACAGUAAGGGUGGCGUCGACGAUUCUAGGAAAAUUGCGAAGGCUAGAAAACAUAUUCCAAAAGUCGAUGAAGAAAAUGUAAGAAUGACGAGGUCGAGAUGUAGGAGACUAGAGAUUUGCUUAUCUCCAUCUGAAGUUAAGAGUAUUUUGCCCACGCUGUCUACUGAAUCCGACCGUAGGGUAAACUCUGCAGAAAGCGUCAGCCCAAAAGCUACCAAAGGUAAAAGAAAUAACGCAAAAAAUAAAGUUAAAAACAGUGAAACUAAAGUCAAAGAUAACGUGAGGAAAACAAGAAGCGCAACGGUCACACAAGCGAAACAACCAGUACGUACACGCGCGCGCGCAAAUCGAAGGUGA